AAAACAGCGAUCGCAAGAGGAUGAUGCUCCAAUGACAGGCAUGAUGAUAGACCCUCCUCUUACGCGAAUGACGCAGCCACAGCUGUGAGAAUAGAACGCUGCUGGGCUUUUAAUGCGGGAGAGAAUAUAGCGGUGGACAAUCCGAGAAGACAUUCCGGUAUUGUGUGCAUUAUGCUCUUACAAUUACCACGGCAGAAAUUUGAAUGGUGCUGGAAAAAAGCCAAUUCAUUCUGAUAUGUAGCCUUUUCAAUGUGAUGUCAGUGUCCUACACAUUUCGCAUUCGCCCUUGCUUACACGAAGGACAUAAUAUUGCGCGGCUUAUCCGGGAAUUGUAAAUGGAUGAGACUGCGACAGCGGUGGAGGCCGGGGGAGGCAUGUCCACAACCGUGGCCUGGAGGUCUGACCAGAUGGAUUCGGCCGCACUCUCUCUCAGGUUGGAGUCAGAAGAAAUGGAAGACACCGGACCCAGAAGAGCAACCAUAACUAGCGAGAUGCCGUCUCCUACAGCUCAGGGUUCAGGCCCAGGUCAGGAGAAGAAGAUUGGCCACAGGAGGGUAGAUGCGUCCGGAGAAACCACCUACAAGAAGACUACAUCCUCUGCCCUGAAAGGUGCCAUCCAGCUGGGCAUCGGCUGCACUGUGGGUAACCUGAGCUCCAAGCCAGAGAGAGAUGUCCUCAUGCAGGACUUCUACGUGGUUGAGAGCAUCUUCUUCCCCAGUGAGGGCAGCAACCUGACUCCUGCCCACCACUAUCCAGACUUCAGGUUUAAGACUUAUGCCCCUGUGGCCUUCCGCUACUUCAGAGAGCUUUUUGGGAUCCGGCCUGAUGACUACCUGUACUCUCUAUGUAACGAGCCACUGAUUGAGCUGUCUAACCCGGGGGCCAGCGGUUCAAUAUUCUACGUAACCAGGGACGAUGAAUUCAUCAUCAAAACAGUAAAUGCAAAGGAGGCUGAGUUUCUGCAGAAACUACUUCCUGGGUACUAUAUGAAUCUGAAUCAGAACCCCCGGACGCUGCUCCCAAAGUUCUUUGGUCUCUACUGCGUUCAGUCGGGUGGCAAAAACAUCCGUAUUGUGGUCAUGAACAAUGUGCUGCCACGUGCGGUUCGCAUGCACCUCAAGUUUGAUCUGAAGGGCUCCACAUAUAAACGGCGUGCGUCGAAGAAGGAGAGGGAAAAGUCAAAUCCCACUUUUAAAGAUCUGGACUUUAUAUCAGAUGUACCGGAAGGACUGACCCUGGAUCAGGAUACAUAUGGUGCUCUGCUCAAGACCCUGCAGAGAGACUGUCUGGUGCUGGAGAGCUUUAAGAUCAUGGACUACAGUCUCCUGCUGGGGAUCCAUAAUCUAGGCCAGGCUGUCAGAGAGUCCCAGGGCUCACCAGCAGGGGGCGAUGAGAAGAAGCCCCUGGCUCAAAGAGCCCUCUACUCCACUGCCAUGGAGUCUAUACAAGGAGGGAAGACCUGUAGAGACACCCAGGAUCACGAUGCUACGAUGGGUGGAAUUCCUGCGGUUGAUGGUAAAGGAGAGCGCCUCCUCCUCUUUAUUGGAAUCAUCGACAUCCUGCAGUCCUACAGGCUCAUCAAGAAACUGGAACACUCCUGGAAGUCUCUGAUCAGCGACGGGGACACGGUGUCGGUCCAUAGACCCAGUUUCUAUGCUGACAGGUUCUACAGAUUUUGCAGCACCACUGUGUUCAGAAAGAGCUGCUCCUUAAAGUCUUCUCCCUCUAAGAGGGGCCGGCGAGGGUCCCAGGCCGUCCCCAAAACCAAUGUCCAAACACAGCUGUCCAUAGAGAGAGAGGAGAACCAAGAGAAUGAGGACCUUCACCUCCGAGGUGCUCGGGGCUUUCCCCUGCUGGAGGACGAUGGGCACCCCCACACUCCACCUUCUUUUGAGGACGCGACCACAGCGUCCAUCGCUACCACUCUCUCCUCCAACAACUCUCUCCCAACUACACCGUUUGAUACACCGGAGCACCCACGCUUCAGGAGGCCGACCCACUCGCCGCGGGACCGUGAGGGCAGUUUCCGAUCCCAACAGGAAGUAGUGGAGGUGCACGAGCAGACAAUCACUGUGGCUGUGGAGGUGAAAAGGGAACCCACAACCAGUGUUGUCCCGGAUGAACACCAGGAGCCUGACGUAACCGAGGAGACGAGCAUGGUCACUGAGACAACAGCUGCUGACCCCACCCCCUCCACACCCCCUCCAGCCUCCUCUCUCCCUGAUGCACUUCAACCCUCCAUCCCUUCAUCCUCUGCCCCCCACUCUAAUUCCUCUCUCCCUGAUUCGCGUCAACCCUCCAUCCCUUCAUCCUCUGCCCCCCACUCUAAUUCCACUCUCCCUUCUUCUUUCACAGGUCCUUCCUCCACCCCCCAGUCCUCAGCUCAUAUCACCUCCACCCUUCCUUCCUCUGCAGUCUCCCCAGCCUCCACCUCUCCCUCUUCAACCACUCCUGCCUCCACCCAUCCUAAUUCCUCCCCUCAUUCUUCCCUGCUUCCCAGCACCCCUCCCUCCUCUCUCCCUCCAAGCCCCCAGGUGGCAGCAGAACGCUUUUCGUCCAAUCAUCUAUCUGUCACCUCAUCCGUCAGCCACAACUCCCUGGAGGGGGAGGUGCCAGUCUCUGACAUCUACUUUUAUGCUGAUGGGAGGUACUGGGUGUACUCCCCAGUUCUGGGCCGUAAGAAGCUCCACUCAACUUCUAGCUACAAUAAUCAGGAGGACAGGAGCUGGGUGUACUCUCCUCUGCACUACGGCUCUCGACACGGCUCCGAUGGAGAAAGCGACACAUAAGUUCUGUGAGGUCUCCGGUGUAAUUGAUGAAGUCUCGGAUGCAAUUUAAUGGACAGGAUUGAAGACUGCAGACUGAAACUGUGAUGUGUUACGAAGCCCCAUGAAGCUCUUUGAAGCCCCAUGGUGCUUCUAGGGGGUUCUGUAACCCUUGUGGCCCAAACUGCAUGUGAAGGUUCGUUUUAUCUGCUCGGAUGACGACAGGGUCCGCUGAAGGACUUAAAUAGGAUUUUUUCUUUUUUUUUGCUUCUUCUGCUUCACACCUUCCUCAACACACCUGUAUGCGCACACAUGCACACAUUUACAGGCACACGCACACAAACACAGAGUAACACAUAUUCACCCUUGCACGCCCUAAUUGUGUCGUAACAAAGUAUGCUUCAGUACUGGUUCCUUUGCCACAGAGUCAUGGCAUUGACCAGAGAAACCUGACACUAAUCAAUUGAACUAUUGUGAAUAAAACAGCUAGGCUGCCCAGAAAGACUAUUGUACGGUCGUGUAGUUGGUCUUGUCUUGUUAAGAAUUAUAUUUUACAUUUCAUACCUGUGUGUGUCUCCAAAGCAGGUGUUCAUGUUCAAUGAAUCGAACAUGUUAUAUUGUAAUGUCAGGUUUUUGACUCUGGUUAAAUGUUGGAAAGUUUUGUCUUUUUAUGCAGCAAACGCGCUUUCUCACUUGUUCUUUCUAAUGUUCUGCAGUGUUCACUGGUCUGAUGGACAUGACUUAACAUUCAGCUCAGUCAAUCAUGUGGGGUGUUUUGAGAAUUGUAAUCUGUAUCUGGAAUUGGGCUAUGCAAAAUAGCAUUGUUUUGUGUUCUCACUGGGCACAUUCAAGUCUUCACAAUGUUCAUGAAAACAUGAACAUUUUAGUUAAUUUUUAGCACUUUAAAAUGUACAUUCUGCAAAUGGUUUUGAAACCAUAUCUUUAUGUGAUUAUUUCCUUUACCUACACCCACAAAUGGAUGUAUCGUAAUCUAUUUAUUUGUUGACUUAUUUGUUUGCUCUAUUGCUGGGAAAUUGUAUUUCUAAGAUAUAUUGAACAAAUUUGAUAUGAGACUAUACAGAAGUGUUACAGUUGCCUUACUGAGAAAUAUUUCCUCUCUAUUGAAUUUAUUUUCUUUAAAUUGUCCAGGGUGGUUAACAUAUAAAGUAUUAUAAUGUAUACCAUUUAGCAGAUGAUUUUAUCCAAAGUGACAAACUCCAUGCGUAGGUUUCAUGUAUUUGUUAUUCUGAACCAGAAUCUGUCCAGAGAGGAGGGGGGUUUCAUGACUGGUUCUCCUCUGAGUAUUUUUCAAUUGAAAUCAGCACUUGCAAACAUUAUAAAAGCCAAAUUAUUUUUACUCAUCAAAAUGUGGAGUUUGUACCUGUACAGUAUUCCAAAAUAUAAUUGGUGGUAUUUUAUUCACGUCAUGUGUAUUUCGGCAGUGAUGUUGAUAUUUGCUCUGUGAAAACAUAUCUUGUUGAGUAAUGAACAAAUAAAUGAAAAAAUGCAGAGCAGGCUAUUGGUAACGGAUAUUGAAGGCGUCAUGGAAACCACCCCCUGGGCACAGAUUCUGGUCCAUUGUGGAGUCCGCAGGAUCUCACUGCCCUUGCCUUUGUUUGCAAGCGCCAUCCUCAACCGUCGGAGCCACACAGAAACAACACUAUGUGUAUCCUGGGCUAAAAUGCUGACAUGGUCAUUAUAGUUGAAAUACAACCUCCUCACAGGUCCAGGCACUGAAUCGUAGUUCUAUGAUUUCAUUCUUCCUCAGCAUCUUAGAGGAAUGGAGAUAUUAGCAAUCCAUAAUGUUUUUUUUUUAUUAUUGUUAAUUAUGUUUGUGUGAGUGGGUGUGAAAGAGAACUUUACAGGAAACUAGGAUAUUGCACUCUGUCCUGGUAAUAAUAAUAGAAAAAAAAGGGUAAAAAAAUAUUCUGAAGUUCUUCCAGUCCAGGGAAGUAUAAAGGCUAUAAACAUUUAAUCAUACGUCAGUGCUUUUAAAGGUGCAAUCUGUAAAUUGUCUGUCCUUGUGGUAAGCAGACAAAGGCUGAAACACAAAUAUUUGAACUUGACUUUGAUGCGAUGACCGCUGCGUCAGCCACCCAGUAAUGUGUUGGGUCGACUUACAGAUUGCCCCUUGAAGACAAUUCAGUGGCUGUUUUUGUGUAAAGUAUUUGGACAAGGAGUUAGCACUUCAUCAUCACUGUGUAAAAAUGAAAUAAAGUAAUAUCUUAUGUAAUAAACACAA